GAAGCCCGCAUCAUGGGUCAAAUAGUCCCAAGGCGAAAAUCAAUUGGCUUUUUGCCUUAUGCUCGCGUUUAUUGUGUUGACGGUGAUGGUGGAAGAGCAAGUUAUUCCCACAUCGUUAGCACUCGCCCGUUAGAAAUCAUAUACUGCCAAUGACGUAUUCCUCGUUGGCUUCAGCCAUCCCUAAAUGGCGCGAUAUGAGAUCCGACAAAAACACCCUGUUUAGUAUAAAUGAUCCCAUAAGACUUUAUUCAGUAAUGGCUAAAUCAAUCCCUUGACCCUUUGAACGAGUAAAAAAAGAACAUUACGCAAACACAAGAACGCAAACUUUGUUCAUCUUUACACAACAAAGGAGUUGUCAGAGCUCUAGCCAUUAGGAGCACGGUGUGUUUGGAAUUUCUCUGUCACGUUCAUUGUUGCAAGUAUUGCAUUUCUAAUGAGUAUUUCAAGUCAAGCGGAGUAGAGCACGAGAGAUAUUUAUAAACUUCACUGUGGAAUGUAACUUUGCGUGCUUCAGUGGGCUGGUGCUUGUCUCUCUUCAUUGACAAACCGACUUAGGGCUGCCGGCACACUCGUCUCUCGAAGCCCGAACCUGAACUGCAAAAUGAACCUUUCGAUUUUUCUCAUCUUGAGCUUACUAGCGAUUAAUGCGCUAGCUGUGUAUGGAGCCAGGAAGCAAUCUAAAAGACAUCGUUUCCCGAGACCUAAGGCAUGGAUGGUAUACUCCGCUGACCCUGUUCAAUCCGAUGAAGCGAAUGACUGCUUCGAUGUGCGCCCGCAGUGCCACCGGUGGGCUAGCCACGAUCAGUACUGUGUAUAUGCGAGUUAUUUUAUGAAGCGAAACUGUAGAAAAACCUGUAAAUAUUGCGAUGCCUCUAUUGGGUCCUUCGAGGAGGGGAGAGUUCAACCCGCUCCGGCUAAGGAAGGCUGCGAAGACGCUCUUGAGGACUGCCCCAAAUAUAUGAAGUCACAGGAACAGUGUAACUUGUUUAGUGGCAUGGCAAGAAAGUACUGUGCACGGACAUGUGGAUUUUGUUGUUCAGAUCGUAUUCCCGAUUGUAGCAUUUUUAUCCGGAACCCGUCUCAAUGCAAAGGACUGAACGGCUUUUUCAGGAAUUACUGCCCCAAGACGUGCAAGAUGUGCGGUUCUAUUCUCCCCAUCAAGCUGCCUGGUUGCGCUGAUGAGCUAGAUGACUGUUCCGUGUUCGCUAAGAAUGACCAGUGCGGCGUCCAUAAGCUGUUUUGCUCUAAGUACUGCGCUCAGAGUUGCGGCUUCUGCAAUAAUGGUGCUACAAAGGGACCCAAGACUGACGCUCAUUCCGUAAAGCCCAACACUGCCGCACCAGUAGGGCAAGACACGGCGCCACCACCAGUACCUACUACGCUAACACCGGCACACCCAGACACGACACAGACUCCCGCCCCUACCACUGGUAUCCCCGAAAAGGAAGUGAUGAAAGAGGUCUCUACUGGUUUUCUAUCCAAGUCCAAACCACUAGUACCACCAACAGAGAUCAGUGGACCAGGACCUAAAGAGACGCUACCCCCUACACCAGCUACCCUACCCCCCACCACUGUCCCCCCUGCACCAGCACCCGUCCCAGACAAGGGCUUCGUCGAUGGCGGGCUGAGAAAAGGAUCGUGUAUCGACCUGCUGGCAGAAUGUAAGGACUAUGUCUUAGAGAACCCCGACUACUGCAAGUACCACGUGCGAUUCAUGAAGAAACACUGCAACAAGUCAUGCGGCUUUUGUGAUCUAAUUACCGAGGAGCCCCCCACACAGUAUGAAGAAGGCAACAAGCCUCUGCCGAAGUGCGUGGACAAGAGGAAGAAAAAGUGUCUGAUGUACUCGCACUUCGUCGGCUACUGCCAGUCCAACAAGAAGUUCAUGAUGAGGAAUUGCCCAGCGUCUUGUGGGUUCUGUGGAUCUCCGCCAAUUUUGAGUCCGAAAAACAUGGCGUCAAGAAUGGCAAAUAAGAAAUAUGAGUUUGACAUCAAGACCGAGUGGGACGGCAAAGCCAUCUCCCAUCAACCAAUCAAAAUCAAGCUGAGUGCUGCUGACAGCGCCAAUGUGAGGCUAGAGGUCAGCGGUCCGUAUUUUGGGGACCCGGCGCCGCCUUGUAAACCUGGGCCCUGCUGGCAGCUUUGGGAUUACGAAGUCGCUGAGGUUUUCUUCCUUGGAGAGAAGGAAAAAUACUUUGAACUGGAAGUAGCACCGGGUGGGCAACACUUGCUUCUUUUAUUAAACGGCGUCAGAAAACCCUUCAAGACUAAACUUCCAUUCCGCUACACCACGAUGAUAGUUCCCCGAAUAUUUCUGCUUCUCUUCACAGACUAAACUUCCAGUCCGCUACACCACGAUGAUAGAGUUUUCCCCAAUCUUUCUGUUUCUUUUCACAGACUUAACUUUCACUCCUCCACACCACGAUGAUAGAGUUUUCCCCAAUCUUUCUGUUUCUUUUCACAGACUAAACUUCCAUUCCGCUACACCACGAUGAUAGUUCCCCGAAUAUUUCUGCUUCUCUUCACAGACUAAACUUCCAGUCCGCUACACCACGAUGAUAGAGUUUUCCCCAAUCUUUCUGUUUCUUUUCACAGACUUAACUUUCACUCCUCCACACCACGAUGAUAGAGUUUUCCCCAAUAUUUCUGUUUCUUUUCACAGACUAAACUUCCAGUCCGCUACACCACGAUGAUAGUUCCCCCAAUAUUUCUACUUCUUUUCACAGACUAAACUUCCAGUCCGCUACACCACGAUGAUAGAGUUUUCCCCAAUCUUUCUGUUUCUUUUCACAGACUAAACUUCCAUUCCGGUACACCACGAUGAUAGUUCCCCCAAUAUUUCUGCUUCUUUUCACAGACUAAACUUCCAGUCCGCUACACCACGAUGAUAGAGUUUUCCCAAAUCUUUCUGUUUCUUUUCACAGACUAAA